AUGAAACAUCAUAAAUCACCAUACGUUAAGAUUUUGUUUAUAGGGCAAUUGUGUGGGAGUAAUUCAACACAACCAUCAGUAGCAUCAUCAUCAUCAUCGACAACAGCAUCAGCAACAAUAAUACCUCCACAAUCAGCUGUAUCAAUACCUGAAACUCCCAGCAAAUCGUCAAGACAACUACAGUCAUGUUUACGUUAUGCACAGAAAACAAAUGAUUACCCUUUCUUAAAUUCUAUUAAACAUCAGUGUUUAUUCUGUGAUUAUACCAGUUUGGAUUCUACUAAAUUAGCUGAACACUAUGUUCAGCACGGAAUAAGACAAUUACAAUUACCAAUUAUGCAAAAGAAAUCGAAAAAAUCACCUACAAACCGUUUAAACUCUAAUCGUUUAGUAAGUAUGACUGACUUGACUAAGUAUGUAACAAAUGAAGGUGAUGGAAACUGUCUAUCAGGUACACCAGUUAUAACAAUAUCGAAUUCAGAGGUUAAAAAUUCAGUUAUACUCGAGGAUAAUAAUCGUCAUCUAUUUAGUAGAUAUGAUAGCACAGAAGAGAGUGCAGAGCAAAGUGAGAUGAAGAAGGAUGAAGGAAGAAGUUUAUACAUUCGACCAAAUUCAUCUUACUCUCCAGAAAUAUGUUGUAAUUCUGGUUCUAUGAUUAAUCCUAAUGCUACUACUACUACUACUGCUGCCUGUACUGUUGGUGUUAAUAAUGUGAAUAACACUAAUGAAUCUGACUAUGACAAGAAGCCCCAACGUCUAUUACGCCGAAGUCGUAAACGUCAUUCCAGUUGUGAGUUGUCACUUUUAACUAGUGACUAUAAACGUUAUCACUAUGAAGAUGAUUCAACUGACAAAUGGGAUUGUGCCUAUUUCCCAGUCAAUGGGAAUUAUUCACCGCAAGUGACGACGUCCUCCUCUGUACUUGAUCCUAUAAGCAUGCCUAUUUCAACUGGUAAUAAUAAUAAUAAUAAUGACAAUAACAGAACCAUGCCCAGUCACCAGAAUCAUCAUCAUCACCACCAUCACAGGAAUCGACAGCAUACACAACCUCAUAAUCACGCUAGUCAUGAAACGGAGAAUGACUCAGGCUUAUCAUCAACUGCUACACUGCACGAUAAUCAACAUACCCAAUCACCGUCGUCAUCAUCAUCGUCAUCGUCAUCAUCAUCAUCUCCGAAUCCAACUCUACCUAUCGGUCUACCACCAUAUCCAGCUUAUAUGAAUCCAAUAAUUCUAUCAGCUUUAAUGGCUAGUGGUUGUUGGCCAUUCACUGCCUUACCUGGCAGUCAAACGAAUACAAUCGAUCCCUGGCGUACAGCAAAUAUUGCCUUAGAUUCACUUCAACAGACAACAUGCCUAUUCGGCAGUAAUCAACGUAUGUCUAAUUCAAAUAACUUUCCACCAAUUCUAUCUCCUCCAUAUGAUUCAUCAUCUAUACCGUGUUCUCUUCAACCGACUAAGAGAAGUAUCACUCCAAGCCAUUCACUAUCUGAAGAGAUAAUCUCAGGUCUAGGGAAUUGUCAAAAUAAACUUACCGGAUUUCCAGCAUUCCCUGUAUCAUUAACAAAUACAUCUCUAAAUAACAGUAAUAAUCAUGCUAAUAUGUUAUCUUCGAAUAAAAAUCUCUUGAAUUAUUCAUCAUUUAUUCAACCGUCAAAUCUUCUUACAGCAUCAAAUACAAAUCCAUUUCUACUACAAUUAUCAUCGAAUUGUCCACUGUCUACAAAUUUCCCAGUUAAUUCAUCAUUAACGGACAAUAAUAAUAAUAAUAAUAAUAAUAAUAAUAAUAAUAAUAAUAAUAAUAAUGACAAUAAUAAUAGUGGUAGUAAUAGUCAAAAUGUAUUGGCUACAGCCUUGUCCGCUUGGUGUACACAACAGGCAGAAGCGGCUGGUUUAUUCCCGUAUAAUUUACCUGGACGACAUCCACCUAUACCACCCUUAUUUAAUCCUACUCUUCAAACUGUUAAUAUUACUACUGAUAACCGUGACACCAACAAUCAUGACAAUUCAGACAAUCAUCGUAAUAACAACAAUAAUAGUGGUAAUAAUAACAAUAAUAACAGUAUCAUUACUAAUUUGUUGAACACUGUUACCCACGGGAAUCAGACGACAAACGAUAAUAAAUUACACAUUAAUUCUUCUAAUCCGCAUAGUUCGUGUAAUUUAUCUCAACCGGAUACAAUGACUUUAUCGACAUCAUCAUCGGUUUCUACGAAUUCCGUCGGUGAACACCAAUUCAAUUCUUCUAUGUUCAUUAAAACUUCACCAAAAUUGAAUAAUCCAACCGAUAACAGUUCAUUAUGUCCUUCUACAGUAACUUGUCUUUCAUCUUCUGGAUUGCCAUCAUCUUCAUCAUCUUCUUCCACAUUUCCAAUUGGAUAUCAACCUCAGUCAAUGGGGAAUUGUCAAACAUCAGUAUCUUCAUCAUCAACAUCUUCAUUGGCAGCUAUGAUGGCAGCAGCUGCUGCCGCUGCUGCAAUGGCUGGUAUAUGUCGUACAAAUACAGAUUCAUCAAGGUGUAUACCAUCAGCAUUGUCAACAUCAAAUUUAACACAACCUGUUGGUGCUUCAACUGCCACUGCUGGUGGUUCACCGUCUUCAUUCCCCACAUCAAUAAAUCAAGCAUUUAAAAAUUUAUCAUCUCAUUUAGAUUUAAUAAACUUAACAUCGAAAGAACUGAAUGAAGAUUUAUUCACUCCAAACGAUUCUAUACGAAAUGGUAAACAUCAGUAUACUGUAUAUCGUGCACAGGCAAAGAAACGAUUACGACAUCAACAGCACAAUGAUCCUACAGAUGAUAUGAAUGAUGAAAUGACUACAGAGAUUGAAGAUGAAAUUGAUGAAGGACCAAUAGAUGACGGUGAAACACCAGGAGAUAAUGAUGCUGAUGAUGAUGAUAAUGAUGAUGAAGAUGAUGAACUUGUCGAUGAUAUCUUACUACAUGAACAAACAAUAAAUGAUAUGAACAAUACCAACAAUAAUGAAUGCAAUGGAUUAAUAGAAGAGCGUAUAGAAAAUGAUUUGUUAACUGGGAAUAAAAGGAAAUCUAUGGUUCAUUAUCCAACUAGAUCGAAUAGUGAAGAUAUCAGUUUAAGAAGUACACAUAAUUCAUCAGAAUGCACUAGAAUUGGUCAAUCACCGAACAAGGAGGUGAACAGUAUUGGUCUCCAUUCAAUUAAUGAUAAUAAAUUACUGUCUAAAUCAUAUGGUCAUAAUUUCCUUGGAAAUAUAAUGAAUAUGACCAGCAGUAGUAGUAGUACGGCUACUAGUGGUAGUGUUGUUAACAGUAAAGCAGGAGUUGGAGUCAGUGGUGGCGGUAAUGGUGGACGAAAUAACAGAAUAACUUUAUCACCGAAUUCUACUCUAAGCCAUGAUCAAAAACGUGGUCAUCGAAAUUCCAAUGAAUCCAUGGGAAACAGUAAUAGUUCUGUUGAUCCAAACUCAAUGGAGUCUGAGGAGAAUUCGUCAAUAAAUCUAUUGAAUAAUAACACAUCAAACACACAGAUGACAGUAUCAUCAACAGGGACAGGUGUAACAACUAAUACACCAUCUUCAAUGGGAUCAUCACCAAACAGUAGUGGUGGUGUUGGAUCAGGUGGAUUAUUUAGUAUUAGACGUGCUGUAGGACUGUCCAGAACUAAUUUACCCUUUCCAGCACGUAAACGCUUAUUCGGUUGGUUGGUUGAUCAUCUAAGGGAACCAUAUCCAUCAGAAGAGGAGAAAAUGAUGCUUGCCAUGGAAACAGGAUUAUCACGUACUACAGUGAACAAUUGGUUUAUCAAUGCUAGACGACGUUAUGUGAAACCAUUGAUGCAAGGAAGACUUGUACUACAGUCUGGUGUCUUUAAAACAGUUUCCAAUGAUAAUUGUAAUACUACAACAACAGGAGGAGGAGGAGCAUCAUCAUCAUCAGCUUCUUCACCGCCAUCACCUAUAUCAAAUACUGUGAAUAACAGUAAUGCUUGUUUUGGAUCAAGCCAGUAUAUGUCAGCUAAUCCUUCUGUAUCGUAUAAGUCAAGUUAUACACAUAGUCCAAUAAGUGAGAAAGGUCAUCGUGAAAGAUCUGGUUCUCGGCGAGGCGGUGGCGGUGGAGGUGGAGCCAACAGUGGAUUUUCAAGUAAUGUCAACAGUAACACUACUAGUAACAUGAAUAGUUCUCCUAGCCCGUUACAGUUUUCGAAUUCAUACAAUCCAUGUUCUCUAUCCUCCAAUAAUGAUACACCGAACUCAUCGUGUCAUAUGAAUAGUUCUUUCAUUUCAAAUGUGUUCUCAGCACAGCAAAACAAUUUAUCGCUAGGUAAACCUUCAGAUUCAGCUGCAGCUAUCUCAGCCAUGGCAGUAGCUGCUGCAGCUGCUGCGGCUGUAUACGCUGGAGCUAAUAUGAGUACUAACCGAGGUACAUCAUCAUCAUCAUCAUCAUCGUCACCAUCAGUGAGUGCAUCAAUAUCUGGAUCUUUGUCAUCGGCACUCUCUCCAACAUCUUCAUUACUCUUCUCAUCACAAUUCAGCAAUUUGCUUAACACAGCAGCAAAUUCAUCGACAAACAUGAAUCGAACUUCACGUACAGCAUCUAUUCAUCAUCUUCAUCCUUCUCUCCAACAUCAUUCACAACACUCUGAUAACUUAUUAUCUAAUGAACAUUUAGUAGAUGGUAUUACAAAUCUAUCAAAGAGUUUAUUAUGCUCCACUGCAUCUGAACAAGAACGUAUCAUUGGUGGCAGUGGUGAUUGAUAUGAAAUCCACCAAAAAAAAAACAAAAUUAGUUAAAAAGCAUCUUCACAAAUAAUCUCGAAAUUAUCCCAAUAUUUCUACAAGACAACAAAAUUAACAAGUUUUGAUUUCUUUUCACAGAUGAUACUAAACGAAGGGUGUUAUGUACAUACUUGAAUUCCAGUCAAUGUUGACGCUAUAGACAGUGAUGUCUAUGUCUAUGGAUUCCUGCGUAGACGCUUGACUCAGUGUUCAGGUGUAUACGUCUAAUUUCUAACCGUGUGUAUCUGUACGGACGUGUGUGUGUGUGUGUGCGUGCGUGCGUGCGUGCGUGCGUUACUGCAUAUUUGUGAUUAUCACCAACGCGUUUAUUGGCGCCCCCUUUUGUUGGCCCCCUAAAACAGAUUGAUUAUCAAAUGUAGUAGUGAUAGAACAGUGUUGUUUGCAAUGUCUCUUCAUAUCAUCAUUUUUAACUUUCCAUUUUGUGUUGGUGUAUUUCUCAUUGAUUCUUUGUUAUCUUUUUAUUUCAUAGCUUUUUGUGACCUCAUCUUAAUUGUGUUGUUAACACGGUGGGGAGGGGAGAGAGAGAGGGGGGGGAGGGUAGAAACAUUUUCUUCUCCUUCUAGAUUUCUUCUCUGCAAUUUUUUUUCUUCAAAAGUUGUCUCAUUUCAUAUUUUUCACCUCUUUUUAUCAUCUGUUGAAUAAUGACAAGAAAGGAAAUAACAGGUAAUUAUUGUAGUUAAAUUUAAAAAUGCCUCCCUUUUUCUUUUUUCAAGCAGAAAAACAAACAAUUUGAGUAGUUGAGACGAAAUGAUUGUGAAAGAGGUUAACUUAUUCAAAUAGUAGUUUGUUGUUAUUUUUUUACUCCCACUCCCCUUCUCGAUUUACACACACACACACAUACACAUGCACACCUACGUUGUACUUUAUUGAGUACCUUUCUUAUCCACUUUUCUCUGUUAUCUCCCUGUCUGUAAAGGGAAACAAAAGGAAUAUACACGUAGUAGCAGCUUGAUGAUUCUUUUCAAGGUCAUGGUAUUCAAUACGUUACGUUUUUUCCGCGUUCUAUGAUUUGAGUACGCAAAAAUAUGUACGCGUAGGUGGCGUGUAUACAAUUUACCUGUAUGCAUAUAUAUAUAUAUAUGAUAUGUACGUUGUGUACAGGACUAUCAAAUAUUUUCUAGUAUCCUACUAAUAGGGUUGUCAGUACGUGCCUAUUCUUCUCUAUAUAGGACUGAAUAAAGGGGAGUUAAAAUACAAUGAACAAUAAGUUGCUAAGGCAACACGUUACAUACAUGCAUGCACACAUGCACGUACUCACUUGCUACCUUGUCUACAUCAAGUGAACUUCUCAAAUAUGAGGAAAAAGAUGAAUUUUUGAGAAAAAAAAACUGAUUAUUUACAUAUAUUGCACAGACUGGACAUAUGAAUUUGACAAUAUUGUUACUUCAUAUAAUAUUUACCCCUCAUUCAUUAAAAAAAAAUUAAAAUGAUAUAAUAAGAACAGAUUUACGUGUUUCGUUCUCCUUUUUUCUCUUCUUUUAAACGUCGAUUGGUUUUACUUUUCUUUUAUCCUUUUCAUUGUUUGUCUCUUUUUUUUUUGGGAGGAUCUCUAUAUAAAUAUAAAGGUUUUCUUUGCG